UUUUUUUCCCGGACCAACGCCAUUCCCUGCUAUACCCCUCUCUCUCUCGGUGCCUAUUUUUGAAGGCGGCUUUUCAAAUAUGAUCCCGCACACACGGACAGAUUCUCCACACGCCGGACACGAGGGUCCAGCCGGGCCUGAUGACACCGAUCUUGCGGCUGGCGUGAUAUCUCUGAUUGCAGAUCGUCAAGGCUUCAGGAACAGCCUUAUCGACCUGCUUGAGUAAUUUUAAGCCUCAACUUGUUGGUGGGUCGCGCGCGCUUGCAGGUCCGGCCUUGCGCCCGUGUUCCCCGCCCGUCCAUUCGUCUGUUCGUCGGCCCACGCGACUGUCCGAUGCCUGGGCCUAUCGUCAUUGCCAACACGAGCGAAUUCCCGCUGGACCAGGCCAUUCCGGACGUGUAUUUUACGCGAGUGGAGAACUACAUCCUAUAUGCGACGGCGACGCUGCUUAUCUACGAGAUUCUGGUGACCUUCGAUCAAGAGGUGGAACGCGUCUGGUCUCUCCGAUGGCGCCUGCCGAAGUUUCUGUUCUUCCUGAAUCGAUAUGUGGCACGAAUACUUCUAAUGUGCGUCCUUGAACCUCCGGGUCCUUCGCUUCGUGUUUAUUUGCGGCAGCAUGAACUGGAUCUCGAGCGCGUGGCCGACACCGUCGCCAGAGUUCUGCCACUUAUACGUGUACUGGCAAGCAAUGUGCGUCCGCU